CGGCGCCGCUCCCCGCGCUCCCGGACGUGCCCCGCACGGGCCCCGGAAGUGCUCGCGCCGCUGGUGACACGUCGCAGGGGCGGCGGUGCGGGGCCGGGCCCGGGCCGCGAAGAUCGCUGGCGAUGUCUGGGUUUGACAGUUUCAACAGCGAGUUCUUGCAGACCAGCUACAGCAUCGAUGACCAGCCCCAGUCCUACGACUACAGCGGAAGACCCUACAAGUACUAUGGAGGCUAUGAGUACUCGCAGCAGAGUGAAUUUGUCCCUCCAGAGAUGGUGCAGCAGCAGCAGCCCUACACUGGGCACAUCUUGCAGCCAUCACAGUCGUAUGCUCCCACUUCGGCACAGGCUUUCUACGGAACUAACUUUGAGGAUGAGCCUCCUCUACUAGAAGAAUUGGGGAUCAACUUCGACCACAUCUGGCAGAAGACACUAACAGUUCUGCACCCCUUAAAAGUAGCAGAUGGCAGCAUCAUGAAUGAGACUGACUUGGCUGGACCAAUGGUUUUCUGCCUGGCUUUUGGAGCCACAUUAUUGCUGGCUGGCAAAAUCCAGUUUGGUUACGUGUAUGGAAUAAGUGCAAUCGGCUGCUUGGGGAUGUUUUGUCUCCUGAACUUAAUGAGCAUGACAGGAGUCUCCUUUGGCUGCGUGGCCAGUGUCCUGGGAUACUGCCUUCUUCCCAUGAUCCUGCUCUCCACAUUUGCUAUUGUGUUUUCCUUGCAGGGGAUGAUGGGGAUCAUUCUGACAGCUGGAAUCAUUGGCUGGUGCAGCUUCUCUGCUUCCAAAAUCUUUAUCUCCGCCUUAGCAAUGGAGGGACAGCAGCUCCUCGUGGCAUACCCCUGCGCUUUGCUCUAUGGGGUCUUUGCUCUCAUCUCUGUGUUUUGAGCAGACUGUCCACACUGUUGGACUCCAGUGGGCCAAAACCAAACCCAUCCACUUGGAACCUUGAGCUGGACCAGAAGCAGCUGUGAACAACUGUGUGGUGUUGCUGUCUCCAACCUCAGACCUGUUCAGAAUCAGCUGGAACAAUGAAAACAAAACGUCUGGAGUUCACUUUUCUAGGACCUUGAAUACUGUCUGGAAUGACCUGAGGGUGUCAGCUUUAAGUGUCCAUGCUCACCAACUUCAUGUCAUUCCUUGCCCAUUCCUGUAUCUUUAGAAGACUUUUGGUUCUUUGAGAGAUUUGGUUUGUUUGCUUUGGGUUAUUUUUUUAGGGAAGGGAGAAGGGUUACAGUUAUCAAUUGAUAAGGGCUUUUUAUCCCAAACAAUUAACAGAAGGGUUGCAGUUAACAGUUGGUUGAAUUUUUUUCUUUGGUUGGAUUCUUUUAAUCCCCAACAGUUAACAGAGAUGCAGAUUUGGGUACUUUGACUCUAUCUGCAGUAGUAAGGAACCUGUUUGCUGUCCCCUCUUACCAAAAGCAAAAUGAACACAAGCAGCCGAAGUGUUUCAUCAACCUGCCCUUCAAUUCCUGGGUCUCAUUUACCUGUUCAUUUGAUGUGAUCACACUUCAGGGUUUUAGAUACUUAAAUAUGAAUUAGGAUACAGAUGCUUCAAAGUGAAAGGGAUCUGUAAUUCUGUCACACUUGAGUUCUAAAUCCAUUUGAGUAGAUGUGUGUUAACUUGGAUUGCUGGAGAUGACUUCAACCAGAGUUUCUUCUCCUAGUGCUGCACGUAGUGAUAGGUGAGGAGGAGUCUCCUUUGCAGCACUUCCCAGAGCAAACACCACUUGGAAGAUGUUAUGCUUGUCAGUAUUGUAGUUACUGUAAAAUAAUUUAAGGCAUAUUGAUUAAAUUUUCCUGAAAUUUUGAA